UUAUUUCAAAGCGAAGAAGAAAGCAGGCAGCGGGCUAGCGUGAAGACGGAGGCAAAUCGUGGACCAGCUAAACAUUUUCUAGCAUUUUUCCCUUCAUACUUUAACGAGAGUCCUCUUGUGUAAGUUAUAUUACCGGCUAAUGCGGCUAUCUUGUCAUAUUGACUCGAUUUCUAAGCCUUUGUGUCGUCGUUGUUGGGCGUACAUGAGUAACCGCAAGAUGGCCUGGUGGGCUAUGUAACUUCCUAGCUAAUAUUUUUCGUAAACCAUUUAUUAUGAACGUGACGCAUCAUUUUUGGGUGGGGUAAACCGCCGGGCUUUGUCAAGAAAAGUAAUUUCGACGCAUUGGAUAUACCUCAACUAUUUUUUGGGGUGCUCGUCUGAAAAUGGAUGGUAUGUGGACACAAAGAGGACGGUUUUUAAUGGCUCGUGGAUCUGACGUCAACUUCGCCCCCAUGUUGUUCUGGGUGAGACCGGGUGGAAAACAAAACGUGUUUUUGGGGGGAUGUAUACUUCCAGUUGAAGAGCAGAUGACAAAUCCAGUGUUGUUUUUUGGUUGUUGGGCUAGAUAGUCUCAAUAUUUGUAAGUUUUGAAGCACAAAUGGUCAGAAAUGUUGUCUGUGUUGUUGUGUGAUACCGUUGUUAAAAUAAGAGUUUACGUACUAUUGUGUUGGUAAUGGGUGCGUUGUGAUGGUUAUUCUGCUGAGCCUUUUUUGGUGCCUCUGUUGGGUGUUAUAUUUUUCUAUAUUGUAUACUAGUCUGUGAGAUAAAUGGGAAGGUAUAUGCUUUGCAAUAAAGUGCCUGUAAACAACUAGGAUUGAUUUUUUGUAUUGAACACUUGAGGAUACAAUGCUGCUGGGUGUUAAAGGGAGUGUAAGGAGUGAUGUUGUGGCAUUUACAAAAAUGCCUAAUGGUUAGCAGGUCAGCCUCAUUCGGAUUUGAAUCUCUGUUGGAACAUCUUUGUGAUAGGUGGAUAGGUACCUUUUUAUUCACCUCCAAGAGAAAGUCACAGUGUUUGGAGUCUGCAGGUUGGCAUCUGUGUGCCGGGGUUUGCAUGUAACAUGCAUGAGUCACAAUUGUACAUAUCGUAGGGCCCUAUUAAAUCCAAAUUCCGUUUUUUUUUUUUUUUUUAUUUUUCGUUUAAAUUUUGCCCUUCUACAUUUUACCAGUGUGGAGUGUGUACUUUUGUGGCAGUAAAUAAAAUGUUAAUUAAAUGCAAAAAUCCUUACAUUUAUGGAUGCAAUACAUCAUUGGUCAGUUUUGCACAGUAUUUCAGAAGCGGAUGUAGUUGGCUAACUGUUCUAAUGGGAUGCCAUCCUCUGGACGCAUUGCUACAAAAUCCUCAACAAACUGUAAUGCCCUUGCUUGUGGUUAAGGAAGAUGUAGUCACCAGUGCAAUUCCAGUUGCGUUAUUAAUGUGAGAUGAUGAUACCCAUAUUUUGUUAACACAGUGUUUUAGAAUAUUUUUAGAGGAUCGUGUUCAGUCGGCACACAGAAUGACACAGACACAUCAAGGUAUUUUAGCCUAAACAAGGGCGUAUUUAUUUAAGCAUCAACACACAAGAUAUAUGAUUGCAGCGAAAAAGCCUCUUACCUACGCCAACAGGGUGGAGAGCCAACACCCGUGGAAGAGUUCGCAUCAAUCGGCUGGGCGUUCGAUCACAACCCGCAGCAGACUCUGUCUAGGUGUUUUCGCUCACCCCUCUUUAUGCCAGUUUGUUCGUGCGAGCGUGAGAACGGGGUGGCCUGCCCCAAAACUCAGGCAUUCGCACACAGAGUUACUGUUUUUAACAAAACAGGUGCCAGGCAACCUAGUUUGGUUAUAUGAGUGUCCUGUCUUCCUCAGUACAUAACAAGCACCUGGUAGGCAAGGUCAGCAGAUAACAAUAACAAGAUACAGUGGGAAGUGAAUGUUCAGAACAACACAAACCCUUUCUCACAUUCGUAUCCUGGGAAAUGAAUGUUCAGAACAACACAAACCCAUCACCCUUUCUCACACACAGUUAGACAGGAUGUGGCGAACAGCGCUCCUAUUUUGAAGGCCGGGAAUGUGUUGCGUGUCUUGAGAAUGUCUUGACGGUUAAGACGAGCUGGGAGCAAUACUAAACGUCCUUAUUUCACUCAGAACUUGCACAAGGUGCUGUUGUUUGUGCUUCAGCAUGGCAGUCGUCAUCCGUUUACAGGGACUGAGGAUCACUGCUGGUUCUCAGGAAAUUCGCAAAUUCUUCACCGGCCUCAAAAUUCCAGACGGCGGCGUGCACAUAAUUGGCGGGGAGCGGGAAGAAGCGUUCAUUAUUUUUGCUUCGGACGAAGAUGCGAGGAGAGCCAUGACACGCUCGGGGGGUCAGAUUAGGGGAGGGCGUGUCACUUUGCUGCUCAGCAGCAAAACAGAGAUGCAGAGUCUACUUGAAAAAAGUGCAAAAAAGGUGGAGACGAAUCAGAAGAGCCACCAUGAAGACAACGGCAGGCAUGCCCGAAGAUCCAUGGAGUCUGACACAAGCCAGAGGGCAGCAACUCGACAUGAGGUCUCCCCCCCGACCCGUCAACAGAGGACCUCAAAUGACAAGUCCUUGUGUGUUUUUCUCAAAGGACUGCCGUUCACUGUGACUGAAAGAGAGGUUUCUGAGUUUUUCAGCGGUUUACGUAUCAUUGACAUGGCUCUGCUAAAAAAUCAGGCCGGCAAAAACAACGGGAUGGGUCUUGUAAAGUUUUCCAGCAAUGAGGAAGCACUGGAAGCCCUGAAGAGGGAUAGGGAAUACAUUGGUUCUCGCUACGUGGAGGUUUCUCCGUCAUCAGAAGAGGAUUGGCGGCGGACAGCUGGAAGGCAUCCCAUGGCUGCCAUUCCAGAAGAUGGCCGGUUUGAAAGACAUGGAUCACCGUUACGUGGUGAAAGGAUUUUCCAUCAUCAUACUAUGAGGUCACAUUCUCCUACAGGCCAGCAAAGGGUCUCUAGUGAGGAGUUCUGUGUUCUGGUGGAAAAUCUCUCCUUCGCAGUAGAAACAGAAGACAUAAAAAGACUCUUUCGCCAUGCAAACCUCGAGGAUGACCAGAUCUUGUUCAUGAAUGCAGAGGAUCGUAAAAGUAGGUCUGCCUUUGUCCUCUUCAAGACCCUGCGAGAGUACCGUGAGGCGACCGCCCAGGAGAAGAAAUCGUUUUUCAAUCGGUGGAUUCAUACCCGCUCCAUCUCAAGAGAAAAAAUGAUAUCUAUUCUGGAAGAGAAGAAUAUCAAUUCCAGCCGUUCUGGAAACACAAGUAGGCUUAAUGAGAGGCCUCCGUCCUUGCCCAGGGAUCCCAACAUGGAGAAGGUGUGCUUGUAUGUGCAGAAUCUUCCCUUCGAUGUGCGGAAAGUUGAGGUUAUGGACUUCUUUUAUGGGUUUAGCAUCACGGAAGAAAAUGUGCUCUUGCUGCGUGACAGUAGAGGCGCAGGGACCGGGAAGGCCUUGGUUCUCUUCCCUUCGGAGUCAGCAGCCAUGAGGGCCCUCUCCCUCAAUGGACAGCGGUAUCUUGGUGCCGAGGUUGCCCUCAAAUGCAUUUCACAGGCUCAGAUGCGGGAGUUGAGUGCUGAGCUGCCAGCGUUCCAAGGACCACAGCGAAGAUUCGAUCAGUUCCCCGGUGCUGGUGACUUCAGAAGCCCUCGGGCCGAUGAUAGGCCAAUGAAUGCAGGGCCACAAACCCACAGAGUUUAUGAUGAGUGUUACGCAGACUCAAGUGGCCCACUUGACAGAGGCAACAGUACACAUGAGCGUGAUCAUUUUGGUGGUCCAACCUGUGUAAAGCUUUUUAACUUGCCAUUCCAAAUAAGAACAGAAGAAAUUUAUGAUUUUUGCCACGGAUAUCGCAUUAUACCUGGGUCUGUAUCACUGCAGUACGACAGCAGCGGGGCAGCUAAAGGUACCGCAACCGUGGUGUUUGAGACCCGGCAGGAGGCUGUAGCAGCAAUUGAGGACCUCAACGCGCGGCCAAUAGGUGCUCGAAAGAUACAACUUAGGUUUGUGUGA